AUGACGGCUUCUGUGGCGACGGGCACUCUGGCUCGUGAGCUGCAGGCGCAGAUUGAUGUGCUACAGGCGGAGUUGCACAAGUGUGUCAGGAAGAUUGUGAUUGGGGGCAACUUAAGGAGGAACCUCCACUACACGGCCCGACACGAGCUGAUUGUAAAGGCAAUUGCGAGCGGUGAGCUUCCCCGCACCUUCUGGGCGGAUGCCAUCAUUGUGGCGCUUGAAACCACUGAGGAAGCGGGCAGCGAAGGAGGCCGCCUGCUUGGCACCUACGACGCCGCGCUGCUGCGGGAGCACCUGCGGGAUAUGAGGGUGGAGUACACAGAAGCGGGUAUGAGGGUCACGCUGGAGUUCGCACCCAACCCCUUCUUUGAGGAGACGGUUUUGUGGGGGGAGGACCGCCACUACGCGGUCGACAACGACGAGGGGGAGGUGGAUAAAGAAAAGGAAGAUAACUGCGAGGGUAAGCAUAAGGACGACAACGACGUCAGGGAUGAUGAAGGUGACGUGGAUGAUGUCUGCCGCUUUUCUGGCGUCACGUGGAAGCCGGGUCACGGCCCCGAAGACGUCAGCGACGGCGACAACGCGGACGCGGACACAACUAAGCGCGGCGCGGGCCUGAAGCGCGAACGGUCGCCGCUGACAACGCGGGGGUGGAGUUUUUUGGAGGUGUUCAGCAAAAUGCUGCCGCACCCAGAGGACGACGAGGCGUUUGACGAUGCGGAUGAGGACGAGCUUGCUGAUGCCGUAGAGAACUGGGAGUCGGAGAUGGAGGACCGCAGGGAUUUGCUCCUGACAUUGGUGGAGGACGUCUGGCGCGACCCCGUUGCCGCCUUCACGAGGUAUGGGGAGGGGCGGGACAACAGCAGUGGGCCGGAGCUGCAGAAGACGAGGCCAGAGUAA